UCUUGUUCUGGCUAGCGGAGCACAGGUCUCUGCUGAAGGCAGGCGGCUACCUGUCAACAAUCUAGUCGUUGCUGAAACUAAAGUCUGCGUGGCCCUUUAUCGCCUGCAUAAAUCAGUUGUUGCAGGUCCUUUCGGUGCAGCCAGACAGGGCUGCAGUGUUAUGGAUGAGCCAUGAAGGCCCAACUGCAAGUCACAGUGCUAUCAGCUAGGCUGAAGGAAAACAAAAAGAACUGGUUUGGUCCCAGUCCAUAUGUUGAGGUAGCUGUGGAUGGCCAGUCAAAGAGGACUGAGAAGUGCAACAACACACACAGUCCCAAAUGGAAGCAGGCCUUCACAGUAAUUGUGACUCCGGUCAGCAAGCUGAUCUUUCGUGUUUGGAGCCACCAGACACUGAAGGCAGACAUCCUGUUAGGAAUAGCCACACUGGAGAUCCUUGAGACCCUUAAGACUAACGACCUGAAAUUGUGUGAGGUGGUGCAGACACUGCAACUGUCCUCUGACAGAGACCCCCAGGAUGUUGUGGGUGACCUGUCAGUCUGCCUGGACGGCAUGCAGGUGGAUCCCGAAACCUUUGCCCCAGCAGAGAGAGAAUAUGCUGCUGUUCCAAAUGGAAAAGCGAAACAAAAUGGAGACACUGGCAACAGGUCAAGCAGAGACACAUCUCCCUCCAGUGACUCUGAGGAGUGGGUCAUUGUACCUAAUGGUCGAGCUGUCAAUGGUAAAGCUUCUCCUUCCCGGUCUCUAGGGGGCUCCACUGCCUCACGUCCUCCCAGACCAACCAGACCUCCUCCUCCAACGCCUCGCAGACCUGCAGCCUCACCAACCUCUUCAAGCAGUUCUUCCCCUAGUGAGCUGAGUGAAGGCCCAGCUUCCGAUGGCUCCUCUCAGGUGUCUGCCAGUGGGUGUUCAGAUCAGCAGGAUGAAUCAGGUGCAGCGACGGCAGGUUCCUCGCAAACAGCAUGUGGCCCCAAACCAGGGGCCUCUGCCUCAGCAGCUCUUGCCGCAGCAACUCCAAGAAUCGCACCCAUUAACAACGGCCCCUUGCCACCAGGGUGGGAGCAAAGGGUGGACCAAAAUGGACGCGUGUACUAUGUGGAUCACAUUGAAAAAAGGACAACCUGGGACAGGCCUGAGUCUCUGCCUGCAGGGUGGGAGCGCAGGGUGGAUCCGAUGGGUAGGGUGUACUAUGUCGACCACAUGACCCGAACUACUACGUGGCAACGUCCUACGCAGGAGUCAGUGCGUAACUAUGAGGAGUGGCAGCACCAGCGCAGCCAGCUGCAGGGAGCCAUGCAGCAGUUUAACCAGAGAUUCAUUUAUGGGCUCCAAGACCAGCUUGCAGCUACAGCAAAUAAAGAGUUUGACCCACUGGGACCUCUGCCACAUGGUUGGGAAAAAAGAACAGACACCAAUGGCAGAGUCUAUUUUGUUCAUCAUCCGACUCGAACGACACAGUGGGAGGACCCCAGGGGGCAAGGGCUUCUGAAUGAUAAGCCCCUGCCAGAGGGUUGGGAGAUGAGGUUCACUGUGGAUGGUAUUCCCUACUUUGUAGACCACAACAGGCGAACCACAACCUACAUUGACCCUCGCACAGGGAAAUCUUCACUUGCGAAUGGGCCACACAUAACCUAUGUCAGGGACUUCAAAGCCAAAGUGCAAUACUUCAGGUUCUGGUGUCAGCAAAUGUCGAUUGCUCAGCACAUUAAGAUUACCGUCUCCCGGAAAACUUUGUUUGAGGAUUCAUUCCAACAGAUCAUGAGCUUCCACCCUCAAGAUCUGAGGCGUCGACUGUGGAUAAUUUUUCCUGGAGAGGAGGGCUUGGACUAUGGAGGUGUUGCAAGGGAAUGGUUUUUCCUGCUGUCUCAUGAGGUACUGAACCCCAUGUACUGUUUGUUUGAGUAUGCUGGCAAGGACAACUACUGUCUGCAGAUCAACCCUGCCUCUUACAUCAACCCCGAUCACCUCAAGUACUUCAAGUUCAUAGGACGCUUCAUUGCCAUGGCCUUGUUCCAUGGCAAAUUCAUCGACACGGGUUUCUCCCUGCCCUUCUACAAGCGUAUCCUGAACAAACCCCUUGGUCUCAAAGACCUGGAGUCCAUAGAUCCAGAGUUUUAUAACUCACUCAUAUGGAUCAAGGAUAAUAACAUAGAGGAGUGUGGUCUGGAGAUGUUCUUCUCAGUCGACAAGGAGAUCCUGGGGGAGGUCACCACCCAUGAGCUGAAACCAGACGGAGGGAACAUCCAAGUAACUGAGGAGAACAAGGAGGAAUACAUCAGGUUGGUGGCAGAGUGGAGGCUGUCCAGAGGUGUGGAGGAGCAGACUCAGGCAUUCUUUGAGGGCUUUAAUGAAGUUCUGCCCCAACAAUACCUUCAGUACUUUGAUGCUAAGGAAUUAGAGGUGAUGCUGUGUGGUAUGCAGGAGAUAGACCUGGUGGACUGGCAAAGAAACACAAUCCACAGGCAUUAUGCCCGAAGUAGCAAGCAGAUUCUCUGGUUCUGGCAGUUUGUGAAGGAGAUGGACAAUGAGAAGAGGAUGAGACUGCUGCAGUUUGUCACGGGAACCUGCCGUCUUCCUAUGGGUGGCUUCGCUGACCUGAUGGGAAGCAACGGCCCCCAAAAGUUCUGCAUCGAGAAAGUGGGAAAAGACAACUGGCUUCCACGAAGCCACACAUGCUUUAAUCGUCUGGACCUCCCUCCUUACAAGAGCUACGAGCAGCUGAAGGAGAAGCUCAUGUUUGCCAUAGAAGAGACAGAAGGCUUUGGGCAGGAGUAAUGCAACAAGAGCAGGAGAUGCAGGAUGAGAGGGUGGAGCAGUGGGCUUGGAGGAGCCAUAUCCAUUUCAGCAAAGAGCACUUUCCAUACAGAUUCUCCUUGCAGCCAGGAGCUGCUUAUAAACUGGUAGAUGGACAUACAAAUAUUAAUUUUUCUGUCGCAUUAUCAAAUGCAGCAUCAACUGUUUCUAAGAUGUUUGGUUGAAUAGAUUCAUUUAAUCAAUUAAUAUGCUCCACAAGUGACCUGUGAAUCUUCCUCACCCUGUUUGACUUCUCACGCAUAUGAUCAGUUCCUCACUAAUCCAGCUGAUUUCACUUAGGAGACGCCUUUCUCACUCUGACAUGUCUGCACUCGCUGUACAUUUCGCAAGUGCAGUUUCUGCACCUACAUCUGUGAAUCAUUGCAGUAGUAACUUCUUAAGAGAGCCGCCUUUCGGGUCUGUGCAGAAAGAAAUAUUUUCAGAGGAAAGAACCAUAUUUGUGGGUUUUGACUUAAAAUAAAGAGAUUCAUAUCUAAAAGCAACAUAAAAGGCACAUAUAUGGUUUUCGGUCUUUCAGAUUCAACUUUAAUUUUUCUUUUGUUGAAAGGAUGGAUGGCAGAUUUUUUUUUUUUUUUUUUUUUUUCCAACAGUUGAUUGACUGGACUGACUCCCAUAGCACAUACGCAGUUUCUUUAAUAACGCUGAUAAAUAUGAUCAUGCUAAUUGUAAUAAUGUUUUCUCUUAUUUUGAAAGUUUGAUUUGUUUACUUAAUGAGCUGAAACUUUGAACAUAGUUAUGUAAGCAGUAUGAUGGCUGUGAUUGUUCUUAAGAGAGGUUGUAUUUUUAUGUGCAAUAGUUUUGUAGAAAACAUUUUUGCCAAUAAUAGAGCCCAACAGUGAUUUGUUUGAUCAUUUUUAUAGCACUUUGCUCAGUUUCAGCAUUCACUAUUGAUUUAAAUCCCCAAUAUGAAGUAGAGAACAUUUGCAUAUUUGCAAGUGUACAGUAUAUGGUGAAGCUGCUUUGGUAGGGAUUUGAUUUGACAAACUUUGCCUUCCCAAAAUAGUCCGUGCUCUAUAUAAUAUCAGCCUAUUUGACCAUGGAUAGACACUUCCUUUAUGAGCGUAGGAGAUCCAAAGUGUGAAGUGUUUCUGAAUUCUCUUGAUAAUGAGCUGUUACUGAUGACGUGGGAGCACUAGGGUGUAUUCUCUAAUAGAAAACAGUGAUUUGUUAAAUGACCUAAUCCCACUGAAUGGUAGCCAAUUCUGUGGUAGAUAUCCAGAAUUAAGUAUUAUCCUAGAUCAUUAAUGAAAAAUACUCAAUUCUAACUGUUUUAAUGUGUGAAGUGACUAAUGCAGUUUAUGUAAAUAUACUUACAAAGUAGAAAAAUGUGUUUGAUAUCUUAAUACAUAUAAUUCACCCUUGAGUUGCAGGCUUAAACUGACAUUUAAGAUUUUGAAUUAAUGUAAUAGUAAUUGGCCCUAGUUUUAUAGGGUGUUAGGUAUUCAGAUUUGUACAGUAAUAGUGUAUUCCAUGUCUUUUCCAAAAAUAGCUCUACUAAUGUCAAACUUAAAAUUUCUUUUUAGUAUCAGGUAGACUAUCAAAAUGACUAUGGAACCAAUCUACCAAAGGAUUUUAUUUAAUUAUUUUUUUGUAAACCAUUUGACUUCAAAGUCACCACGUAUAAUCAGCUCCUUACAUCCCCUAAAUGAUUACAAAUUUUACAUCAAUUGUCACUAUUGAGUUGUUAGUUGUCCUUUAUUUUACAUUAAAAACAAAUUCUGAUUUGUCCUUAAAAGCAGUUUUAAGGACAAUAAAUUUUAAUCUUUUUUACAAUUGUUUUACCUUCAUCACUGUGGAUUUGAAAUGUUUCCUUAGCAGGCCUAUCAAGAAAAGUGAUUUGUAUUUAUACACAGUAUUAACUUAUGUUCUUACUGUGUAUUAAUGUAAGGUCUUUUUGCUUAAUAUGAGCACACCCAAAUUAAUCAAUUGUAAUGUGAUAUUUUUUAACAACUAGUAAGCCUCAAGCUCUGUUGUGGGUUUGCAUAGGUGCUGUGGUGCAUCAUUACAUGAUGUAAUUUCAAUAUAUGUCCCAGAUCACUGAAAAUUCGUAAUUACAAUUUAAAUUUCAGCAAGUUCCCUUAAGUUCCCAGCAAAAUACAGUAUAAAAGAGACAUUUUUCUUAUAACUUGCCCACAUAUGAACCACGUGGCUGUAUACCAUUUCAUUAUGCUGGUACCAUACAGGGAAAAAAUGCUGGUUGUUCCCACUGGUCAAGUCAAUACCCCUUUACUGCUUUAUACGUAAUUGUGUCAGAUGUUUCACAUUAUCUCACGUAUUCCCUUACUGGCAGCAAUUCGAUACACACACAUACACCUACAAAUUUCACUGUGUAGCUACUGGUGUGCAGACUUGUGAAGAGAUUAUUAUUGUAAAAAAUAAAUGGAUUAAAAAUAGGUUUUAUGAUUGAAAUGUUGACUGUUGAAUAUGUUAACAGAUUACAAUUAAUGAUAUAGCACCUUGACACUCCAAACUGGUUGAAUUAACCGCUUCACUGUUUAAUCCCUGCUCUGUUCCAGAUCGUUGGGCAGUUAAAUGUAUAGAAAUAUGCAAAAUAGCAUUUUAAUUGUACUGAUUGCAUUGUAAAUCAUGCUGAUAGUGUAAUCACUGUGGGGUUUUUUUUUUCUUUUUUCUUUUUUUUUUUUUUUGAAGCUCUAACGUUUUUUGAUAAGUGGAAGUCAGUGGUUGCAUACUAUUUAUUUGGAGAAUAGGUUACAUGUAACAAUGACCUGGACUGAUUGAGCAAAAAACAGUAAUAAAAUGAUUUUAACACUGGGCUCCCGCAGGUCACUUGUGAAGUGUAAUAAUUAUCAUCACUGCAACAUAAUUCGGUUUGAUUACAAUAUUAUACACAUUACUUUUUAUUGUAAAUUUCAUCUAAUUAAACAUAAGGCGACAGUUGUUUUUCACAUUGUCCUCUUAUAAUAUAUAUAAAAAAAAUGCUUUCCCAACAUUUUGUGAAAGGAAAUUAGAAUAGUACUAUGUACCUGUUAGUGGCUACAAUUUUUGAACCCCCCUGA